UCUGAAUUCUGAAUUGAGGUAUGAAAACUCGUUACUCUCUCUGAUCCAACCUAAGUUUCUCGUUGCUUGACUUCAACCCAACCAUAACUAUCAAUUUUAUCACAAUAUUUGUUUACGGUGAUUGAUGAUAAGUUUCUAGUCGUUGGUAGAUAAUAAAGAUGAACCACAAUCCGCAAUCAAGCGAAGGAAGGCAUGAUGAUGAUGCUGCACUCUCUGAUUUCCUUGCUUCCUUAAUGGAUUAUACUCCCACUAUACCUGAUGAGUUGGUGGAGCAUUACUUAGCCAAGAGCGGCUUUCAAUGUCCUGAUGUUCGAUUGACUAGACUGGUAGCUGUUGCCACUCAGAAGUUUGUUGCAGAAGUUGCAGGCGAUGCACUUCUGCACUGCAAAGCAAGACAAGCAACAAUUCCAAAAGAUAAAAGGGACAAGCAACAGAAGGAUAAGCGCCUAGUUUUGACAAUGGAAGACCUAUCAAAGGCACUGAAUGAGUAUGGCGUGAAUUUAAAGCACCAAGAAUAUUUUGCUGAUAGCCCUUCUACUGGAAUGGAUCCUGCUACUCGGGAUGAAUGAGUCCUUUCUUGUUUAUUUAUGUGUUCAGGCUUCUAAAUUCUCAUGUUUAGAAUGAAAUAGUUGUUAAGGGAAUGAUUUUUAUGAUGCACAAACUAGAGCGUCAUCUCCUCGAAGCUGACAAAGCGCUACAAUUGUUAGCCAUUAACAUUAAAGGUGGUUGUAAUAACUAUUAUAUUUGGUCUGUGGGGUCAGUGGCAGUGGGAGUACGCUAUCAGCACUGAACUAGUCUAAUUUUUUUUUUUUAAAUGCUCUGUUGUAUCAUGUUUUUCCUUUGGUUCUGAAUUUUCACGAGUAUGGGAUUGAUAUAAAAAAUUGCAAAAGUCAUAUAGGUUGUUAUGUUUA